CGUCGUUCUCCUCAGCGGGCGGAGCGGGCCGGGGCCUCCUCAGCCUCCGCCGCCUCCUCAGCCUCCUCAGGGCCCGGGGGCCUCCACACCGGGACCGGGGCCUCCGACCGAACGUCGGAUUCCUCGACUCGAUCGCUGCCGACGUGAGCGGCGUUUCUUGGACGAAGGUGCGUUUACUCCUCUCCCGGGGCUUUCCCCUUCCCCUCCCCGCAGCUCUUGGACAACUCGCCCCUCUCCUCCGUCCCACGGUGACGCGAGCGCUUCGUCGAACGCCUGCUAUGUGCUGAGCGCCGGAGUCGAGCCAAGAUCAGCAGAGCGUAUGGGAUGCACCCCAAAGUGUGCCACGGCCUGCAGAGGAAGGACCGCCCCCUCGCCCUCGCCCCGAGACCGCCCGCGGGCCCGCCGGCCCAGAGCCAGCCGCGGCCCUCCCGCGAGGGCGGGCGAUGCCCGGCUGACGGCCCCCGGCCCGUCCCGGCCCCCGACCCCCCGCCCAGGCCCAAGAUGUGCAACCCCGGCGGCGGUGGCGGCGGAGGCGGCGGCGGCCCGGGGAUCCACCAGGGCGACGGGGACGGGCCCCUGGACAUCUGGGCCGUGGUCAAGCCCGGCAACACCCGGGAGAAGAUCGCCUUCUUCGCCGCCCACCAGGGCGGGGGCGGGCGGCCCGGCCCCCUGAAGAGCAAGAGCAGCUGGGACCUGGACGGGCGGGCCGCCAAGAGGAGGAAAAAGCCCCCCGGGCCGCAGCGGGCCAAGGCCCAGCCGGAGCGGCGGCGGGCCCCGGCCCCCGAGCCCCCGGGCCCCCCGCCGGGCCGCCCGCCCUCGGUGGCCCAGAUGGUGGCCUUCCUGGAGCGGCGGGCCGGAGCCCUGCUGGCCGCCGGCCCGCCCCGGCCGGGGGGCCCGGACGCCGCCGGCGAGGAGGCCCCGCCGCCGCAGCCGCCGCCGGGCGAGGCCGUGCGGGUGUCGGCCAUGGUGGCCCGGCUGGAGUCCGAGGGCCUCGGCCGGCGGGAGCCGGGCCCCCCCGCGCGCGACGAGGGCUCCCGGCGCCAGGUGGGCCGCGUCCUGCUGGCCGAGGGCGGCCCGGCCCGGCCCCGCGCGGCCGGCGGGGGCCCCCCGGGCCCGGGGGCCGGCGACGGGGCGGCCGCCCGCCGAGACCGGCGGCGCGAGGACCCCGUCCCGGGCCUGCUGUUCUUCCUGCGCCCCGGCGGGCCGCCCCCCGGGCCGGCGGCGGCGGCGGCGGCGGCGGAGCGCGGGCGCCCGGCGGGCCGCGAGCCCCCCUGCCCCAAGAGGCCCGUGUCGCACGACUUCCUGGAGGCCCGCUUCAAGAUCCAGCAGCUGCUGGAGCCCCAGCAGUACCUGACCUUCCUGCCCCACCACAUCAUGGUGAAGAUCUUCGGCCUGCUGCCCACCCGGAGCCUGGUGGCCCUCAAGGUCACCUGCGCCUACUUCAAGUUCCUCAUCGAGCACUACAGCGUGCGGCCGGCCGACUCGCGCUGGGUGCGGGACCCCCGCUACCGCGAGGACCCCUGCAAGCAGUGCAAAAAGACCUACGUCCACGGCGACGUGUCCCUGUGCCGCUGGCACCCCAAGCCCUACUGCCAGGCGCUGCCCUACGGGCCCGGCUACUGGAUGUGCUGCCACCGCGCGCAGAAGGGGGUGCCCGGCUGCCAGCUGGGCCUGCACGACAACCGCUGGGUGCCCGCCUGCCACAGCCUCAGCCGGCCCGCCCAGCGGAGGGCCCGGGGGGCCGAGGAGGAGGGCUAGCCGCCGGGUUGAGCCGCGCGCUCGCUCCCGGCCCCCGGGCCGCCCGUCCGGAAGGUGGACGGGACGUGUACGGACACGUCCCCGCGAGGAACGUCCCCCCGUUCCCGAGAAGCCGCGCGGCUUAGGGAUCGUUGGCCCCGGCGGGGGGUCUCUCCGGGGAAGACGACGGCUCCGAGCGCUCGCCUGCCCUUCCUCAUCCCGUUUGGCCGCCUUGUUUUUUACUCCAAUAAAUCGUGCAUCGGAGCGGGG